ACUGCGAAAGCACACAACGACGUUUGCCCUCAUCACGAGGCGAUGCUUUCUUGGGGCCUGAGAAACGAUUCUUUGGCGGUGACGUGCCUUGUGCAUCGGGACGGAGUGUAGGCCACACGGUGGUGGAUCGAAGCGUCCAAGCCUUGAACGGCAAACGCAGAGGACCCGCUGAAAAAUAUUUCAGAACUGCCUUCAGGAACUAAUCAUGACGAAAGCAGUGCUGCUGGUCUUCACAGCGCUCGGUGUGUGCUCGGCAAGCAAUUUUACGGGCCUACCAGCCGCCAGCAACGACUUAGGACUUCGCCUUCUCUCCUUCCUACCACGUUCUGGAGCGCGGAACGUGUUCUAUUCGCCGUACAGUCUGACCGCCGCCAUGGGAAUGGUCUACGGCGGAUGUCGUGGUUCUACGAAGGAAGAAUUGUAUAAUGGACUGGGCUACAAGUCGGCCCACAUUCCGAAGAAAAAAGUGAUGCACGAGCAUAAAAUCUUCGCUGAGCGGUUUCUGGCGCCUUCCAACUCUACUGUGAACGCCGUGACCGCAGCCGCAAUCCAGCGCCGCUUCAAGGUCAAGCCUGAAUACGCGAAUACGUUGAAAAAAUCGUUCGGCACCCACCUCAUGAGCAUCGACUUCGAGAAGGAUAGUUACGAGGCCACUCAGAAAAUUAACAAGUGGGUCUCCAACGAGACGCGCGGCCACAUAAAGAAAUUGUUUAAAAAACCUCUUCCUUCCUCGACGAAGCUCGUGCUCUUGAGCUGCGUUUAUUUCAAGGGCGUCUGGGCGACCCCCUUCGACAAGUUACGCACGAAAAGGCUACCGUUCUUCAAUCACGGCAAGACGUCGACACUCGUGAAGACUAUGAACGGCGUGAUCAGGGUUCCUUACGGACUGUCCAACGAAUUGGCGUCUGAAAUUGUGGACUUGCCCUACCAAGGCGGAGACUACAGCAUGACUAUUGUUCUUCCUCGGGCCAUGAAUGGAAUUGAGAAACUGAGGCAUCUUUCGCAGAGAUCCUUCGAAGCUGCGUUGAAGAACUUGACGGAAAGAGCUGUCGAUAUAUACCUUCCGAGGGUCGAGUUCAAGGCCGAGUACCAUCUUAGAGGGGCGUUCAUCAGACUGGGCGUGCGCCGCGUCUUCGACUCGAGGAAAGCCGACAUGUCUGGCAUCACGGGCAGCAAGGGUUUGAGCCUGGACGAAGUUGUGCACAAGGCGGUCGUGAGGGUGGACGAGGCCGGAAGCAUGGCUGCCGCCGUCAGCGGGAUGGAUAUGAAAAAAACUAUUACAAUUCCGCGACUGUUCCGCGUUAACCACCCGUUCCUCUUUCUCAUUCGGUGCACGCAGAACAACGGCAUUCUGUUUGUGGGAGAGGUCAACAAGCUGUGAUUACGCCUGGCCACGUGGCGAACGCCGGACGUAUUAAAGGAAUUGUAU